CAAAUCCGUCUUUACGAGAGACGAGUGUAAUUGUGUUUGAACUUAAAGGAACCCUAGCAUUCUCCUAUUUGCGACCCAAGCGGCCGCCACUCUCAAACCUUGCCUCUGCCUCCUUUCUUUCAUUUUCUUCUUCUUCCAUUCGACCUAAAGCUAAAUCCAAAAACCCAUUCUACCUCUAAUCCGACCCUAGACAGCCGCUACUCUCCUCUGAUGGAAACGACGAAGUGAAAUGGAGACAAAGACAGAAGCGCGUGGAAGAUCAGCGAUGGACGCCGACCAAGGUACCGACAGCGGCGAUUAAGGAAGGGAACGAAGUCGUCGUCGGUGCAAAACUAACGGCGAUGGACGCGGCGGCGGUUCUGGGUAUCACAGGCGUGAGGGUGUUCAAUCAAGGGGAGGAGGAACAAGAAUCGUCGGGGGCUCGGCGCUUUACCGGUGAUAAAGACAGCAGCGACUUAGAACCUCGCCUCUGGUUUUGAGUAAGAGGUGGAAGAAGAAGAAAUAAAAUUAGAAAGGGGAAAGAAGGUGACAGUAUGAAGAAGAGAGUGAGGGAAUGUUUGUCUUUGUUUUUCUAUUUUCUUUUCGGCUUCUCUUUUCUGUUUGGUAUUUUGAGGAAGAGGAGGAAGGAAGUGACAGAGAAGAAAAGGUUCAGGGAAUGUUUUUUUCCUUUCCCCCCUUUUGCCAGAGCUAAAGAGCUCUUUUUAUAGAAAAAAAUCAGAUGUGUUGGCACAAUGUAAUUGGAUUUGAGAGGUGAUAGGGGCCGCCCUCUAUGUUUGUGUAGCUUAUGGAUUGGGUUGAAUCGAACCGGUUUGGUUUGGAUGGUAUAGGCUGAGUUGGGUUAAAAAUUGGGCAGGCAUGUUGACCCGGAUUUGGGCCAGUGUAGAGUGGGCUUGAUGCCAAUUUAUUUUAUUGUACAAUUGUAAUUGGUUUAACCUAAUAGAAAAUUAGUGGUGUAAUUAAUUGUAAUAACGUUUUCAAUUAUUUGGCAUUGUAGCUGUCUUAAUAAGAUUGUUAUGACUCCUAUUUUUUAUUUCGAAAUCGUGAUUCAAUUCUUACAAGACCCAACGUCUUAAGAAUCAAUUAAUUCACAUGUCAAGUCAUCACUAA